GCAGAGAGGACAACAUGUCGCUCUACGAUGGAGUCGACAUCGACGGUGUGCCAAUGCAAUCAACUGCCACGGAAGGAACCGACAUUACCAAGCUUUCUGGCUGGUCCUCCAGUUACAAACUUCUACAGACUCAGCUACAGAGAAAGAAAGUUGCUCAAACAAGACCAUUAUCAACAUCUCGAACAAAGGCUGUAAAUCAAGUGGUCCUGGGCAUCAAGAGAACAGCUGAUGAUUUGGAGGAUUCUACAGCAUCAGAUAUUGAUGGUAGAGAAAUGCUGGAUACUGAUCUCCAAAAGGUCCCAGAACCCUUCACAGAGACAGAAGCCUCACUUGCUGUUGUUAUCGAUGAAUAUGAUCCUUUAAGACCAAAUGAAUAUGAGUUGGUCAAACAAAAGUUCAGGGAAGAGAAAGAAAAUGAGAGAGGGGACAGAGGUGAAAGGUCAGAGAGGACAGACAAUCGAGAAAGAUCACGCGGCGACCGUGAUUAUGAUAGAGGAGAGAGACACAGAGAUCGUGAGCGUGACAGAGACCAUGAUCGUGAGAGAGACCGUGACAGGGACCGGGAUAGAGACCGCGACAGAGAUCGUGAUAGAGAUAGGGACAGAGACCGGGAUCGAGACCACCACAGAGACAGAGGAAGAGACAGAGGAAGACGCAGGGGUGAUGAUGAUGAUAGUUAUGGCAGCCAGCCUCCACGUCGAGGAUUUCCUGGGGGAGCAGCCAUUGCACCACCCCCAUCUCUUAUGCAGGAUUCAGCACCUGUAGAGCAAGCUGCCCAACAGUGGCCAGUGUCCAGUGGAGCAGACUUUAAUUUUGCAUCUGAAAAUAAACCAAAAGCUGGUGGCUUUUCUGCCAGUCCUGUUGCAUCUCAGAUUAUGGCAAAAUAUGGUUGGAAAGAUGGCCAAGGUUUAGGAAAACAAGAGCAAGGUAUUAACACAUGUUUGCAAGUGGAGAAAACCAGCAAGCGAGGCGGAAAAAUAAUCAACCAAGACAAAGAAUCAAAAGCUGCAAUGCAAGAAGCAGAACCAGUUACCAGCGUUAUGAGGAACCCAAGCAAAGUUGUUGUUUUGAGGAAUAUGGUUGGUCCGGGAGAAGUGGACGAAGAGCUACAACCUGAGGUCGUGGAGGAGUGUAACAAGUAUGGUGAAGUUGCCAAAGUUGUAAUAUAUGAG